AUGCGAGCACCGUCUACAAAGACUGACCCAGACUUGAAGCCAGUGCAAAUAAUUUUCCAACACUGCAUACGUGCGAAGGGGUCGGGCCGGAAACCACGGGGUCAAGUCUUUGGUGGACCAAUCCAGUAUCCUAUUGCCAAAGCCGUCGGAUACCUUCAUUGCUACAAGUCGGAGACUUGGUUCCCCGGGAUCUGGGCGUUCUCGUAUCCUCGAAGGGAUUGGGUUUGGGGUCCCACGGCGUUCGAGUUCGUCGUGAGGGAGAUGCGUAAUAAUAUUUUUUUCAUGUCGUUGAGUCAUCACGGACCGGCCAUUCAGUUUUUGUUGCUUUUUUUGGGUGGGAUAUACCGGCGCCAGUCAAAGAGGUAG